AUGAAGCGGGAGAUGCGUGCAGCGAUGGCCGUCGUGUGCGAACGGUCGGGAGGGGUCGCCUGUGUCAGGAGAAGUGUGGGUGCAGCGGCGAGGAGGAAGGUGGGGCCUGGUGCCCCUGGAAACUGGGAUAUACGGGACGAGAUCGUACAGAGGACGUCAAGGGAUGGGAGGACGGAUGUAGCAUCGUGGAGGGCCUGUGCCCUGCGAGCUGCAGAAGGGUGUGUGGUGCUGGAGCGCGCGUCGGUUCGCAAGGGAGCUCCUGCAGCACGAGAAGGGUCGCCUGGGAUAAGGGGAGAAGAGGACUCACCGUCCCCGUGCAGGGGGGGUGGCGGCGGCGAUGGUGGUGGUGCCACACUGGGUGGGGCCGGGGCCCUUGGCAGUCCGCGCCCCGAAGCCAGGGAGGGGGAGUGUGGCGGUGAGUCUGAAGUGCAUGCCAUGGUGCGCCCCCCUCCCUCAGCGGUGUGGGGUCCGGGUGGCGGCUUUGCUAUCCCCGCUGGAGGGGUGUCUGCAGGGGGGGAGGCCUCGAACCUGAUACUGGUGCCCUCCUGCGCCACGGGUAGUGUGUCGGCAACAGGCUGCAUCGGGGGAGGCGCCACUACAUCUGGGUGCGGGUGGCACGGCCUCGGAACCAGCCCUGUGGAGUGGCGUGAGGUGCUGGUUGGUUCGGUUCCCGGAGGUGGGCAGCCAAAGGUGCAGGUGGAGGGCGGCAUUGUGGGAUGGUGUGGGCCCGUUCCUUUCUCUCCUAUCCCCGCUGCCCCUUGGCCUACUGCGCCUGGACCCACUGCUGGCCCUUCACUGGCAGCACCCAUUUCAGCACCUACCGCUCCUGGCGUGGCUUCUGCCGUCCCUGCUGGGGCCUCCGCCUCCCCUUCCAGGGCCUCUGCCGCCUCUGCUGGGGCCUCUGCCGCCCCUGCUUGGGCCUCUGCCGCCUCUGCUGGGGCCUCUGCCGCCUCUGCUGGGGCCUCUGCCGCCCCUGCUGGGGCCUCCGCCGCCUCUGCUGGGGCCUCUGCCGCCCCUGCUGGGGCCUCUACCAUCUCUGCUAGGGCCUCUGCCGUCUCUGCUGGGGCCUCUGCUGGGGCCUCUGCCAUUCCUGCUGGGGCCCCUGUCAUUCCUGCUGGGGCCUCCGCCGCCCCUGCUGGGGUCUCCGCCGCCCCUGCUGGGGCGGUUGCCGCCCCUGCUGGGGCCACCAUCGCUCCUGCUACGGUCUCUGUCACCCAUGUUGGCUGCGUUAUGGCCCCGGCGGCUCCUGCUGUCCACCCCUCUGCUGCGCUCCCCCCUGCAGCACUCCCCCCGGCGACUCCGGUGCCGUCCUUGGCAGCCCCUGCCGCCCCUUCCCCUGCAGCCUCUGCUGUUCCUUCCCCUGCUGCCUCUGUUGCCUCUUCCCGUGCAGCCACUGCUGCCCCUUCCUUUGCAGCCUCUGCUGCCCCGUCCCGUGCAGCCUCUGCUGCCCCUUCCUCUGCAGCCUCUGCUGCCACUUGCUCUGCAGCCUCUGCUGCCCCUUCCUCUGCAGCCUCUGCUGCCACUGUUUCUGCAGUCUCUGCUGCCCCUUCCUCUGCAGCCUCUGCUGCCCCUUCCUCUGCAGCCUCUGCUGCCACUUUCUCUGCAGUCUCUGCUGCCCCUUCCUCUGCAGCCUCUGCUGCCCCUUCCUCUGCAGCCUCUGUUGCCACUUUUUCUGCAGCCUCUGCUGCCCCUUCCUCUGCAGCCUCUGUUGCCCCUUCCACCACCGCCUCACUUUCCCCUUCCCCUGUGGCGUCUGUUGCACAUUUCCCCCCAGCUCUGCCAUCUCCCACUUCUGUGUGCUUGGGUGUGCGGGCAGGGUUUGGUGUUUUCAUGUGGUUAUUAGCUUGGGAGUGGGAGGUAGAGGGUGAGUUGGAGGACCUCUCCACUGAGCAUGCACGGGUGCCUUCGCUAUCAUCUGCAGGGAGGGUGGGCAGGGAUGGGGCAGCGGGGUUGGGGCGGGGUCUUGAGCGUGCUGGCUCCUCUUCAUGUGUUUCUUCCAGUGAGGCUUGGCGUUCCUGCACUCCAUCUUCUUCAAGGGGUGAUGGAACCGACGGGGGAGGGGUGGAACAGAAUUCAACGGGAGGUGGGGAUGGGCAGGUGAGGCAAAUGGGGGAGGGAAAGGGGGAGGGAAAGGGGGAGGGAAAGGGGGAGGGAAAGGGGGAGGGAAAGGGGGAGGGAAGGGGGGAGGGCAGAGGGGUAGGGGCGAAGGGUUGUUGGUGA